ACUGCUGGGUAUAUAAGUUUUCAUGUUCAGAGUCUGAGACAGGUUGGAAGGUGAACAAAGUCACCAUGUGGACUCUGCUGGUUAUCUGCAGUGUGAUCACCGCACAUGGAGUACAAGGUGUUGAUCGCGCCUCGAGAACUCCAGAGGCUGUAACUGGUACUCCAGACACACGCUGUGGUGGUUACCUGUAUGGCAGCAAUGGCACUUUUUACAGCCCAAACUAUCCAAACACUUAUCCAGUCAACGUAGACUGUACAUGGUACAUCAGUCCAGGCAGGCAAAUUGUGCAGCUGGAGUUAUCGAAUGUAAACAUCGAGAGUCACCCAACAUGUGAUUUUGAUACCAUUUACGUCUAUGAUGGCUCCAGUACUGGAAGCAGGCUUCUGGGGAAGGUGUGUGGCAAAAACACCACCACCUUCUACUCCACAGGUGCAUAUUUGACAGUGCGCUUCAAGAGUGAUUCCAUUGUUAGCUACACAGGAUUUCGUGCUGACUUCAGAGUUGUGGGUUCCUGCAGGUACAACUGUGGCUACCAGGUGGGAGACUGCUCCUGCUAUUCAAGCUGUGGAUACAGAGGGAACUGUUGCCCAGAUUAUCAAGCUUUCUGCCAGUCGAGCACUGUCGAACCCACCUCCACAGUUCAGCUCUCAUGUCGUUACAACUGCGGAAACAACCUGGGAAGCUGCUCCUGCUCAGGCUCUUGUCAAUACUAUGGAAACUGUUGUUAUGACUACAACUAUUACUGCCCAACCACAACUUGGGAACCAGUACCAGUUACCUCAGAAAGUCAGCCCUCAUGUCGUUACAACUGCGGCAGGCACAUGGGAAGCUGCUCCUGCACAAGCUCUUGUCAGUACUAUGGCAACUGUUGCCGUGACUACAACUAUUACUGUGCGUCAACUACUGCAAGCACUGGCAUCACAGAUCGGCCCUCGUGUCGUUACAACUGUGGCUGGCACAUGGGAAGCUGCUCCUGCACAAGCUCUUGUCGAUACAACGGCAACUGUUGCCAUGACUACUACUCCUACUGCCAGUCCACCACUGUCAGGCCCGCCACAGCUCAGCCCUCAUGUCGCUACAACUGCGGCAGGCACUUGGGAUACUGCUCCUGCUCCAGCUCUUGUCGAUACAAUGGCAACUGUUGCUAUGACUACUACUCCUACUGUGAGACCACUACCACUGUCAGACCCACCACAGCUAAGCCCUCAUGUCGUUACAACUGCGGCAAUUAUCUGGGAAGCUGCUCCUGCUCAAGCUCUUGUCGCUACAAUGGCAACUGUUGCUAUGACUAUUACUCCUACUGCUCACACUCUGUCACAACUGACAGACCAACCACAGGGGGAGCCUGUGGAGGUUCUCUGUUCGGCUCUGGUACCAUCUCCAGCCCGAACCAUCCCAACCACUACUACGACAACGCCUACUGUGUCUGGCAGCUCAGAGCGCCGUAUGACCAAAGAAUCCUCCUGACAUUCACAUACCUGCAAUUGGAGAACUGCUGCCGUUGUGACUACAUUAACAUUUACGAUGGGCCCUCUGUUGGUUCACGAUUUCUGGGGAAAGUGUGCGAUGAAAGCAACUACAACAAUCAAACCACAUUCUAUUCCACCUCCAACUACAUGACCGUGCUCUUCCGAACUGAUGGUUCUGUGGUCGGCCGAGGGUUCAGUGCUGACUUUGCUAAUUCUCUGCCAUCAAGCUCAGGUCGAGUGGACUGUUCCUCGGACAACAUGAACAUCGUGAUUGAGAGGAGUUACCUGAACUCUCUUGGCUACGACGGCCACAGUCUGUACCUGGACGACCCACACUGCAGACCUCAGGUUUCCAGAUACCAGGUGGUCUUCAGUUUCCCCAUCAACACUUGCGGCAACGUUCGAAAGUUUGAGAAUGGUAGGGUUGUGUACACCAACACUGUCCGUGGCUAUGCCUCCAGCUACGGAGAGAUCACACGCCAGUCCCACUUUAAGCUGGCUGUGGGCUGCCGAAUGGAGCAGGACUCAGUGUCCCAGAUCAUGUACCUUGUGAAACAUCAUGAUAAUGGCACCAUUACAGGCACAGGCAGAUUCAAUACCAGCAUGGCUUUCUACACAUCUAGCAACUUCUACUACCAGGUGACUCAAGUUCCUUAUGAGGUGACACUCAACCAGAAUAUGUAUGUCCAAGUGGACCUGAGAAGGGGCGACAGCAGCCUGGUCCUCUUUCUUGACACCUGUGUGACCUCACCCUCACCCCAUGAUUUCCACACCAGACCUUACUACCUGGUCCAUAACGGAUGUUCUAGGGACAGCACCUACUACGCCUACGUCACUGGCACCCGUGCUUACGCCCGCUUCACAUUCAGGGCCUUCAAGUUCCUGCGAGCCACAGAAUCGGUGUACAUCCAGUGCAAGGUCCUCAUAUGCCAAGCCUCUGACUACAACUCCCGCUGCCGCCGUGGCUGCACCAGACGUAUGACCAGAGACGUGGGGUCAGAGCAUGACAGCCAAACUCUGGUCCUGGGUCCCAUCCGACUCAAAGGCCCUGAGAAAAAGGAAGAAGAGACUCAAAAGAAGGAAAAGGCUUAACUUGAUAUUGCAGUGAGCCACUUCAAUCAUCUUUACAAAUCAGUAUAACUCUCACUGAGACACUGAAUUAUACUCACCAUUUUUCUCUUCAUCUCAUUACCUGAUUAAACGCAUCAUCUGAGGACAA